UCAGUUACAAGUUGGCAAAGAUGGGUUACCACUUCCAAGGUUGAAACCUCUGCAUUGGGACAAAGUAAGGGCAGCUCCAAACCGCUCAAUGGUGUGGAAUGACAUUCAGUCAAGUUCCUUCGAGUUUGAAUUUGAUGAACAGAUGAUCAAGUCAUUAUUUGCAUACAACUUUCAAGGGCAAGCAAAAAAUGAGGACCCCAAGAGCAAGACUUUAGCUACCAGCAAACAUGUCAUUGAGCACCACAAACUUCAAAAUACUACUAUACUCUUGAAGACCUUAAAUGCUAGCACUGAACAAGUCUGCAGUUCUAUAACAGAAGGUACUGGACUGUCCACGCAACAACUAGAAGCGUUGGUCAAGAUGAAACCAUCCGAGGAGGAGGAGAAAAAGCUACUUGAUUAUGAUGGGGACAUCAACAUGUUGGAUCCAGCAGAGAACUUUGUCAAGGUGCUACUGACAAUACCAAUGUCAUUUUCAAGAAUUGAGGCAAUGCUGUACAAGGAAACUUUUGAUGAUGAAGUUGCCCAUCUCAGGAUGUCCUUUGCACUGAUUAAAGGAGCCUGCAGUGAACUCAGGUCCAGCAAAUUGUUUUUAAGAUUACUUGAAGCAGUACUCAAGACCGGAAACAGAAUGAAUGUUGGAACUAUAAGAGGAGGGGCAAGUGCUUUCAGACUUGACGCACUGCUGAAACUGUCAGAUAUACGUGGAGCUGACGGGAAGACAACCCUCCUGCAUUUUGUUGUCCAAGAGAUGGAGCGAUUACAAGGAUCAAAGGCUUCAGAUAAGCUCAGUGGAACUUCUGGACCUUGUCAAGCCACACUGGCAGAAAGAGAAGAGUAUCCAGAAAUAGGUACAGAAUUUGUUUCAGAGUUAAGUAAUGAGCUUGGCAAUGUCAAGAAGGUAGCAAGUAUAGAUUUAGAUACCUUGAAAAGCUCAAUCUCAAAUCUAUCACAUGGACUGGCUCAACUGAUAAGGCUUGUCGGGACGGAGCUUACCAGCAAUGACAGGAACCAGAACUUCCUGCAGUGCAUGAGAUCAUUCCAAACUCAUGCAGAGAAUACCAUGCAGGAACUCAAGGUUGACGAAGCCGAGGUCCUACAGCAGGUCAGAGAACUCACAGAGUAUUAUCAUGGAGAGGUUGGCAAGAAUGAGUCCAACCUCCUCCAUAUAUUUGUCAUCAUGAGAGAUUUUCUUGGUUUGCUAGAUAGGGUGUGCCGAGACAUGAGGGGUUCAAAGCACAUCCAACCUCCGAACAUAGUCUUUCCGCUCAGGUGA